CUAUGAAGGGAGACAAACUACUCAAGCGUAACACUUAUUCUAGUGAAAGCAACAAAUACAUGUCAUGUAUCAAGAUUAGCAAGAAGCAGCAUGAACUUGUUAAGAGUAUGAAGCAGACUGGUAAAAGCAUCCAAUCCAGAUCUCUUAACCGUGUUUUGGGCAAUCUUGAUAACAUUCAUGUGCAAUCAUAUGAAGUAUUCAUCAAGGAAGAACAGAAGAAGCUGCAUGAGCAUUGGUUGCAGUUAGUGAACAAGAUCUCCCUGUGGCGUACGCAAACUGGACAGAGAGGCAUAAACAGAGAAAUGCUGUGAUAAUUUCUUUGGUGGUGGAGAUCAAGGACAAGCCGAAGAAGCUGCUGUCGGAGGAUGAGGAUGGUGUGAGCUCGGGGAGCAAGCUUCAAGAUCAGGAGGAGGAUGGAGGUCAUGAUGAUCAGUCUCUAUCCAAAGACAGUAAGGAUUCUGUUUCUA